AUGAGUUGCCACGUGGACAGCUUACCGGACGCAGUUACCUCGGAUGAGGACGACCGAACCCCAGAGCAGUGUACGAGCGAGACGGAAGACAGUCUGGAGCGUCACGUAGGUUCCUGGCGCGGAGCUUUAGCCGCUUUUAAGGGCAAGGCAGAUUCUGGGCACCAACCAUGUGCAAGUUCAUGGAAUGAUUGGGGUAACGCGCUCAACUACGAACUGCUGACCACAAAACGCUGCAUGAUCAAACGCGGACGACGACCUGCGGCAACGUUCCCUGCACGCUCUGCGCUCAAGUCUAGCCCCGUCGCAUGGAUCGACGACGCCACAACGGCGACAACGACAACCACCCUGAAUUCCGCUGGAGGCAGUCAUCUGUUCGUGAAUGCUGGAACGGUUCGUCGUUGUGCCCAGUGCGGUGCCACCGUGACACCACUAUGGCGCUCUGGACCCGCCGGGCCCAAGUCGCUCUGUAACGCCUGUGGUGUACGCUACAAGAAGCGCCUCCACCACACCGGCAGCGACAUCGACGCCAAGCUCGCAAUGGAUGCGUCCAGCCUGCCGUCGCUGCACCGGACGUCCGUAGAUGUAGCAACAGGAGCAGGAGCGCCCCCUUGGACGGGCGCCGAGCGAACACCAGCGCUGCCGGUCGCGCUUCGAUCCGGUUCCGGCUCUUCCGUCAAUAUCCAGCCACCUCGCUCGGCGGCAGCACAGGGCCGGCGUCAGCGGACACGACCUGUUCGCGGUCGAGCGCCGUUUGCGCCCUGUGUCGAGCGCAUGACACCGCCUUGCAGCGCCCCAGGUGCCACGAACGCGCUCGGCAUAGCCGCAGCGGCGAACGCCAACCCGAUACCCCUUGAACGCACAGUGCCACGUGAGGCCAACGCCAAAACACCAGCGUCGUGGCACCUCUUGUUCGAUCCAGACGACCGAGCGGUCUUUGGAUACUACUGUGCGGCUCAUGAUGCUGCCCUGACAAGUCUACCGUACGCGCCGAGCGAUACCGAAUGGGCGCGGCGACACUACUUCGUUGAGCGACCCUCGCCAUGA